AAGAGAGGCCGGCGAGGGCAGGGCGAGGGGUGGCUGGUCCGCGAGGUGUGACCGGGUCGCGCUGCCGAAACCAUCCGAGCGCGCAAGAAGACGCCUGCCCCAGGAAGGUUGCCACCAUGUCUGUGUCGCACAGUUCCAAGCUGAACAAGGCGGUCAGGGACCAGUACAUGAAGCUGCCCCAGGGGAAAAAGGUGCUGGCCACGUACAUUUGGAUCGAUGGCACCGGGGAAGGCCUCCGCUGUAAAACCAGAACGUUGACCCAGGAACCAAAGAGCAUUGAAGAUCUCCCCGAGUGGAACUUUGAUGGGUCCAGCACAGGCCAGGCGGAAGGCUCCAACAGCGAUAUGUUCUUGAUCCCCAUUAAGAUAUUCCGAGACCCUUUCACCCUCGAUCCCAACAAGCUUGUCAUGUGUGAGGUUCUGAAGUACAACCGAAAGCGGGCAGAGACCAAUUUGAGGAACAGCUGCAAGAUGGUCAUGGACUUGGCCAAAGAAAGCCGUCCUUGGUUUGGAAUGGAGCAGGAAUACACUUUGCUGGGCAUCAAUGGACACCCAUACGGCUGGCCCGAAAAUGGGUUUCCAGGUCCACAAGGACCUUACUACUGUGGGGUUGGGGCGGACAAAGUGAACGGCCGUGACAUUGUGGAAGCCCACUACAGGGCCUGCAUUUAUGCCGGGGUGGAGAUCUGUGGCACUAACGCCGAAGUCAUGCCUUCUCAGUGGGAAUUUCAGGUAGGCCCGUGCGAAGGCAUCGAGAUGGGUGACCACCUGUGGAUAGCAAGAUACAUUUUGCAUCGGGUCUGUGAAGAUUUUGGGGUCGUGGCCACCUUGGAUCCCAAACCAAUAACCGGGAACUGGAAUGGUGCUGGGUGCCAUACAAAUGUCAGCACAAAAGAAACAAGACAAAAAGGGGGUAUCAAGUUCAUUGAAGCGGCCAUAGAGAAACUAAGCAAGCGGCACCAGUACCACAUCCGCGUGUACGAUCCCCGUGGGGGCCAAGACAACUCCCGGAGGCUGACAGGCCAACACGAGACCUCCAGCAUCUUCGAGUUCUCGGCUGGUGUCGCCAACCGCGGGGCCAGCAUCCGCAUUCCCCGCCAAGUCGGGCAGGAAGGGUGCGGGUACUUUGAGGACCGCCGCCCCUCUGCCAACUGCGACCCAUACGCCGUCACGGAGGCCAUCGUGAGGACCGUCCUCCUCAACGAGACGGGGGACACGCCCAAGGAAUACACGGACGAGGCGCAGUUGCAAACGGCAUCUCUCAAAGCUUAAGUUCCCUAUUCCCUAAGGUUGUCCCCUGCCAGUUAGUAAACAUCCUUUUGAACUUCUGGUACUAUGACAUCUUGGUGUAGAGAACAUCUUACAUUUUUUUCGGAGAGAAAAUUAUUUUCCUAGCAGACUUAAUGGGAUUCCUGUUGGUUUUAAAGAUCAUAAUGUGGGGUUUAAAGUUAAGAUGCUGAAAGUUGUGGGGGACUGGAUGUUGCUGGACUCAAACUCCCAUCAGCCCUAGCCAGCGUGGCCAGCGAUCAGGGAUGCUGGGAGCUGUAGUCCAGUAAUAUCGGGAGAGCCACAUGUUCCCCUUCCUUGGUUUAAAGUGGUUGGGGAACCUUUGCCCUUCCAGAUGUUGCUGAACUGUAACUCCCAUCAUUCCAGGCCAUUGACCAUACUUGCUGGCUCUGAUGGGCGUUGGGACUCCAGUAACAUCUGGGAGAGCCACAGGUUUCACUCCCCCCGGUUUAAAACAAAUGGUGUUUGUUGCUGGUUUUUUUUUAAAAAAAAAAUCUGACUUCUCUGUGGCUGGGGGCGAGUGGGAAACUCAGAUCUUGUAUAAAAGCAGCAGAAAUUCUGCACACUUUCCUCUCCACCCUUUCUGUCUCUCGCAAGGAAAUAAUAAAGCCCCGGGUCUUCGCUGUUGAUUUAAA